CAUCACCUCCACCAUGGGCACCCUCGUUGAGGCAAAUACCGAGUUUGCUGUCGAUCUUUGCAAAAUAUUGAUCAAAGAGAAUCCCAACAAAAAUGUCUUCUACUCCCCACUGAGCAUCUCAGCAGCUUCGGGCAUGGUUCUUCUUGGUGCCAAAGGUGACACUGCGAAGCAGAUGGAAAAGACUCUUCACUUUGACAAGAUCACUGGAUCUGGAAGCAGUGCCAGUUCACCUGCUGCAGGAGCUCAGUGUGAUAAACCUGGAGGACCACAUCCUCAGUUCAAGGAACUCUUGGCAGCCAUCAAUCAGCACACCAAAAACUAUGCUCUGAGCAUUGCCAACAGGCUGUAUGGAGAACAGCGCUACGAAUUCCAUCAGAAAUAUUUACAUUGCACGAAGGAGAUGUAUGGUGCUGAUCUUGAAAGAGUUGAUUUUCAGCAUGCUCUUGAGGCAACAAGAAAGAAGAUUAAUUCCUGGGUCGAGAGUCAAACAAAUGGUAAAAUCAAGGACCUUCUUGCUUCUGGCUCUAUUGACGUAUCAGUUGUCUUGGUCUUGGUGAAUGCCAUAUACUUUAAAGGAAAGUGGAAAAGAGAAUUUAAGAAAACUGACACAAAGGAAAAACCUUUUUGGAUAAGCCAGAAUCAGAGCAAAAAUGUCCAAAUGAUGUUUAUGGAACAUGAAUUUAAUUGGGCUGAAAUAAAAAACCCAAAUAUUAAAGUGCUUGAACUGCCCUAUGAUAACCAUGAUCUCAGUAUGAUCAUUUUGCUACCAGGGGACAAAGGAACUGUGGACCAGGUUGCCAAGGAUCUCACCUACGCCAAGUUACAACAAUGGACCUGCUCAUCAAACAUGAAGAAGCAAGAGAUAAAAGUUUUUCUUCCAAAGUUCAAGCUGGAAGAAAAAUAUAUUCUCAAGGAGAUUUUAGCGGGUUUAGGAAUGGUAGAUGUUUUCUCUCCAGGGAAGGCUAAUUUAACUGGCAUGGCAAAUGGACCACUGGUUGUAUCCAAGGUCAUUCAUCAAGCUUACGUAGAAGUCAAUGAGGAAGGUACAGAGGCUGCAGGCGCUACAGGAGUAACAGUAGUUCCAGUGAGUGCAAACAUUCUUCCUGAGUUUAAAGCUGACCACCCAUUCAUGUUCUUCAUUAGACACAAUAAAACCCAGAGCGUUCUCUUCUUUGGCAAGGUUGUCUCCCCUGAAUAAUAAUAGCAUAAGUUAAAUAGAAUUUAAUAAUAGCAUGGAUUAUCUUUGCGAGCAACAGUAAGUAAACCCAGGAUGUUAUAAUGUUAAAAGAAGCAAAUUGAUUCUGAAUUCUCUGUCUUAUCCGUUGGGGCUACUUCUUUACAAGCAAGAUCCUUUUUCUUUGCUUAUUCAGGCAAACUCCUCUGGUCCAGGGAAGCCUAUGUGUGCAUAUCUUCCUCCACUUUCCUAUGUCAAAGCAUAAAGACAUUCCUCAGUGGAAAGUAAUGUAUUGUUUGUUCAUGAGAUUUAGAGUAUGUGAUCAGAAGAAAUUUAUGAGCUUUGCAUGUGAUUCCCUUUAUAAUCAUAACCAGAAAUGUAUAACCACACUUUCAGGUUUACAUAUUGUAAAAUAUUCCCCUAGUUAUUCUAAAGACCAAAUGGGUUUGAACUCCUAGCCUCAGUCUCCUGAAAGGUGGUUUGGGUUUUCUUAAUGUAUUCUAUGGAAUGACUUCUUACCUACAGCAGUAAACAAAACAAAUAAAACAUUUUAAAAUAC